GGUGGGAGGGAAGAGAGUGGAAGAGGCAGGAGAAGAGCACGGCUGCCGGCCCGCCGCCCCUCUCCGCCAGCGCAGCGCGGGAGGGCGGACCACGAUGCCCGGGCGGCGGGCGCUGCCCGCCCGCCCGCAUGGACACCGCCGCCCGUAGCGGCGCCGGGGAGCCGCGCCGCGGGCUUUACUUCACAGGACUCAUUAUAGUGGAUCUCAUCCUCCCCAUUGUCAUCAAUCUGUCAGUUUCCUGCUGAUCUUUUCCUCUCUGUGCCAGCAUGUGCCUGAAGAUGGGGCUUGGAGCCAUUCCAGUUUUGUCAGUAGGAGCAGGAUAUUAAAAUUUUGAACGGUGCCUCCCCAAGAAGUGUGAUGAGAAAUGGCUUUAGGAAACAAUACCCAGAGAAGUUAUUCCAUCAUCCCCUGCUUCAUCUUUGUUGAGCUUGUCAUCAUGGCUGGGACUGUUCUGCUCGCCUACUACUUCGAAUGCACUGACACUUUUCAGGUGCAUAUCCAAGGUUUCUUCUGUCAGGAUGGCGAUUUGAUGAAACCAUACCCGGGAACAGAGGAUGAGAGCUUUAUCUCCCCUCUUGUGCUGUACUGUGUGCUGGCUUCAACUCCGACAGCUAUUAUUUUUAUUGGUGAAAUAUCUAUGUAUUUCAUAAAGUCAACUCGAGAAACUCUAAUUAUUCAAGAGAAAACUAUUUUGACUGGAGAGUGCUGUUACCUGAACCCAUUGCUUCGAAGAAUAAUACGUUUUAUAGGAGUUUUUGCAUUUGGACUUUUUGCCACCGACAUAUUUGUAAAUGCUGGCCAGGUUGUGACUGGGAACUUGGCUCCUUACUUCCUGACAGUAUGUAAGCCCAACUACACAGGAAAUGACUGCCGGACCCAUCACCAGUUCGUAAACAAUGGGAACAUCUGCACUGGGGAUGUGGAGGUGAUUGAGAAGGCCAGGAGGUCCUUUCCAUCCAAACAUGCUGCUCUGAGCAUCUACUCGGCUUUAUAUGCCACGAUGUACAUCACAAGCACAAUAAAAACAAAGAGUAGCAGGCUAGCCAAACCUGUGUUGUGUCUGGGUACCCUGUGUGCUGCAUUCCUCACCGGGCUAAAUCGAGUUUCUGAGUAUCGAAACCACUGUUCAGACGUGAUCGCAGGCUUCAUCUUGGGGAGUGCAGUAGCUUUGUUUCUGGGGAUAUGUGUUGUGCAUAACUUUAAAGGCUCACAUGGAACUCCUUCUAAACCGAAGCCUGAAGACCCGCGAGGAAUGCCACUAAUGGCUUUUCCAAGAGUGGAAAGUCCACUGGAGACAUUGAGUGCACAGAAUCAUUCUGCCUCGAUGACUGAAGUAACCUGAGCUAGAAGACAGGCAGCAGAAGAUAUUUUUAUUACCCUCCUAUAUAACACUCCAAGAUACACAGUUAAUAAAUGUCAAACUGUGAUGACCAGUAUUAUGUUAUGUCUAGUUAGAGGCUGAUGUUUUGUACAUUUUUUGUAUGAGGAAGUGAUGUAGCUUGCCCUGAUUUUUUGUCAGCUUUAAUAUUAUUAUGCCAGAAUUUAAAAGCAAAACAGAAAUACAAAAAACCCCUUUUCUUGUUAAAAGUGUGCACUGAAAAUUACAUCAAUGGAAUUGUUAAUGUUGUUAUGUGAUAUUUGUACACAGAUUCUUUUUUCUUCAUUUUUGAAUUUAUAUAACUUGAAAUAAAAUAAUUCACUUUUACCUUUUCUUACCAUAUGAAAUGCUUUACCAAUAGGUCAGAUUCUGAUCUUAGUAAACUCAGCAUAAAUCUGAAGUAACUGCAUAUAUUUAAUUCAGAUUAAAAUAUUGUUGAUCAGGAAUCCAGCCUGAACAACAUUAUCAACAAGUGCUAAACAGUCAUCACUGAUUCAGUGAGCUACUUAAGCUUUCCUUCACACCACGGACUUCUGUUACCUGUUCCAUUUCCAGACUUCUUGGUGGACUUGAAGUGUAACCUUAAGCAUCUUACUGAAUCAGUGCCUGAUGUGGAGUAGGAGGAUUGUGUUAGUUAUUGAGGAUAACUAAAUAUGCUCAGUCUGCAAUACAGACAGACUGGACAUAAAACUUUACUGUAGUAGCUGAUAGCAUGUGAGCUGCCUAUAUCAUCUCCCUAGAUCUCAGUUCCUUCACAUGGCCCAGCCAAAGCUCCCAGUAAAUUUAAAUAUGGCUUCAGGAAUAGAUUAUGGGGAUUUACAGCCAUUGCUGUGGACCUGAGGCAGGGCUUUAAAUGUUUCAUAACUUCAUCAUAGAGUCGUGGAGUAACCAGUAAUUAAAUGCGUAACAGAAAGAAAAAAAAAAAAAAAAAAAAAAAAAAAAAGCUUGUUAAAAGUGUGCACUGAAGAA